AUGGCGGGUUAUGGUAUUUAUGAAGGGGAGAUUCCAUGGUCAGAAGUACAAUACCGGAAGAACAAGAGGGCCCCUCCCGAUGGCGUAGAGAUGACGUUUCUGGUUCAAAAUCUACCUAAUCGGGUCUCAAAAACUCUGCUUUGGAGAGCAUUUCAGCCACACGGAUUCAUAACUGAUGCAUAUGUUGCUCGGAAGAAGGACUCAAGUGGAAAUUAUUUUGGAUUCGUUCGGUACGUGGUUGCGGAAAAGGUGGACCUUGUUCUACAGGCAAUGAACACAGUAAGGAUUUUCGAAGCUAAGUUAAAUGUUUCAUUGGCUAAAUAUGAUAAGAACCAUAAUAGGUUUAUCUAUACAUCUGAUAUGAGGGGAGGAAGGAAACAAUGGCAGGCGAAAUAA